UUCAUUCGUUUUUAUAAGUUGAAACGAAUUUUUAGCUGCAACGACAGAUAUCCAAAGAAAACAUAAAACGGAUAUGCAUAACAGUCGAUAAAGGGAAUAAUAAUAACAGAACAGAACAGAACGCAGGAUACGGAAGCCAAAGGUUAUCAAAUCUUUGUUUACAAAAUUACUGGACUCUCCACUGCCUUCCCCCUUUCCUUUUUCCGUUUCUUCUCCUUUCCCUUUCUGUGACUGUAUUUUCCCCUUCUUUCCCCACGACGUAAUAAGAGCCAGGCAAUCAAAUACUGAAUCCCCUUUUCUGCUUUCUGCUUUGUGUUUUAGUCUCUUCUUCCUCUCCAUUGUUUUCUUCUCUCUUCUUUUGUAGUCUGUCCAAAAACAGAUAUGAUUAACGUAAAGACCUUGCUGUCGUGAGUUGUCAUCUAAGCUCUAAUCACCCUCUCGACCUUCUUCUCUUCGUCGCCCUGUUACCACGUUUACUCUUUUGUGUUUGGCUUUCUCCCAUGCAAUUAAGGUUAAACACACUUUCCAUCUCUGUGUAUCGCAACACAAACCCUUUCCUCCUUUCUUCUCCGCUACUUUUACUUCCUGAUCCAUCUCUUCUCCCCAAUCUCUCAUGAAACCCAUCUGAAUAACAACAACGAUUGAUUGAACAAUCGCUCUUCUCGCCUCGUACGGCCAUGGAGGUGGGUCGUCUUUAGUGCUCAACUCAGUCCCUCCCUUUCCCCUGCCUCUCUGCCUCCUUUGCAGGUGCCAAGACAGGUUGGUCUCGUUUUUCAAUCUUGAAAUGUGGGUUUUUCCAAUCAACCCAUCUGUGUUUUUGUUCGGCGAGAUUCAAUCUAAUGACCACAUGGUGUUUGUGAGAUUACCCUAUAUUGAAAUGAAUGACUUUGAUUUGUGAUCCUGUUUUUGUGGGGUUGUUCUGUUUUUUUAUUUUUGGGUUCUUUGUUGUAGUUCUCUUAAGGAAGUGGAAUUGGGGAUCUUGGCACUUGUUGCUUUGCUGCUCAGGUUUUCCUGUGUUGAGCGAUGGGGAUAUCACGCGAUAAUCUUCAUGGACUUGUAUUGGCUGUUUCUUCUAGCGUUUUCAUUGGCUCCAGCUUCAUUGUCAAGAAGAAGGGCCUUAAGAAAGCUGGCGACUCUGGAACCAGGGCAGGUGAGGGAGGCUAUUCCUACUUGUAUGAACCAUGGUGGUGGGCUGGAAUGGUUACUAUGAUAUUGGGGGAGAUAGCUAAUUUUGCUGCUUAUGCAUUCGCCCCUGCGAUUCUGGUGACUCCCUUGGGAGCUUUAAGCAUUAUCUUCAGUGCAGUGCUAGCACAUUUCAUUCUGCAGGAAAAAUUGCACAUCUUUGGUGUACUUGGAUGUGUGCUCUGCGUUGUAGGUUCCACAACUAUAGUCCUCCACGCUCCACAGGAAAGAAAUAUUGAAUCUGUGAAAGAAGUAUGGCACCUUGCUACACAACCAGGUUUCUUAGUCUAUUCCGCCCUAGUUGUGAUUGCAGUUUCUGUUCUCAUUUUCUACUGUGUCCCACGAUAUGGCCAGACUCAUCUGAUAGUUUAUGUUGGGAUUUGCUCCCUCAUGGGUUCCCUCACGGUUAUGAGUGUGAAAGCUGUUAGCAUUGCUCUCAAGCUUUCAUUUUCUGGCAUGAACCAGUUUGUUUAUUUUGAGACGUGGAUCUUCACGAUAAUCGUUAUUACUUGUUGUCUUCUUCAGAUCAACUACUUGAAUAAGGCAUUGGACACCUUCAAUACGGCUGUCAUAUCUCCAGUCUACUAUGUCAUGUUCACCUCGUUUACCAUCCUUGCCAGCAUGAUCAUGUUUAAGGAUUGGGACUCGCAGAAUGCGUCACAAAUUGCUACAGAACUGUGUGGGUUCAUCACAAUCCUGUCUGGAACAUUUCUCUUACACAGAACGAAAGACAUGGGGAACACUCCAAAACCAGAUGAAGAAGCACCCGUCUUUGGAGACACAAACAAUAGAGCCCCAGAAACUGCUGCUUAGGAAAAUUGAUUACUGGGUUUCCAGGAUCAGGGAAUUGAGUUUUGAUCUCUUUCAGUUGUACAGAACAAGUGGGUUGUACAGCAAACUGAUCAAAGACGUUUAGAAAGGUGGCUCUGGUUUGGGACCAGAGAGAAACUUUAGAAAGCCAUACCUUUUCUUCUCCAUUUUCCCAGCUCAGAGAGCCUGUAAACAACUUCCAAGAUAAGGUGAGAGCAAUCGGGGGGACCUUAGAUGAUGAUAUAAGAUUAGGUAUUUUAGUGAAGAGUUCUAUAAUUGUGAUUUCUAGUUCUGUUCUGUAAUUUCUGUUCAUUUCCCCCCAUCCAUGUAGAUUAGUGCAAUUUUUAUACAAGAGAACUUUUCAAUUCUGUUUUGAACUUUUGAUUUAACCAUAAAAAACGCCAGUUUUUUUUUUUUUUUUUUUAAAGUUGACAUUUGGUUCAAUAAUAGCCUUGAUUGAGU